GUGCAUGAGUGGUGCAUAGCACUGAAGCCUGUUAUGAUUUGGUCUCUCCCGGGUGCCUGCGGUCCCUCCUCCAUCAAACGUCAGAAACUAGCGGUAUAAAACACACGAGAGGCCGUACCGACCGCUCAAAGUCGCACAUACCUCGUUAACUGACAGCCUGCGGUCUGCCUCCUUAGAGACAAUACAGAGGCACUAGAUUUUAAUGAGACAGAAAAGGGGAGAGAUACGCCAAGUUGUGGAGCGACUUAAACAUUGCUGGAUUGAGCACAAGAAUGCAAAAGAAAAGUCUGUUUCUACAGAGAUAUUUGUGCCGGAUAAAUGUCAUAUAUGCGGGAGAGUUUCUGUCGCGCUGGACUUUAAAUUGAGUAUUGUCUAAUGGGCGAACACAAACUUGGAUUUCUGCUGAUAACUAAAGGGACUGCUACGAGAAAACGAAUUAGGCGAGGAGUUUUUUUAUAAUUAGUCCCCAAGGGAGUUAAAAGAAACAACAGCAGUGUUUAUCCGUUUGAUUUGAAGGCUUAUUGACACUGACCUUGGCAGUCCUCGCCUGUGAAUCUGCACAAUCAACUCCUGAGCGAACCAAAUGCACAGAGAAAGAUGCAUUUGGGUAAGGCUUUACUGUUUGUCCUCCUCCUCAAUUGCGCAACUUUGAGCUCAUCCCUGUCAACUUGUGCCACCGUGGAUAUUGACCACGUGAAAAGGAAGAGGGUUGAGGCGAUACGAGGUCAAAUUCUGAGCAAACUCCGACUGACAAGUCCCCCACACUCCCUCGGACCGAGUAAAAUCCCUUAUCAAAUCCAAGCAUUGUAUAACAGCACCAAGGAGCUACUGGAGGAGCUUGGGAGGGAUCGGCAGCAGAGUUGCGGUCAGGACAACACAGAGACAGAGUACUACGCCAAAGAGAUAUACAAAUUCAACAUGGUCUACGGACCGACAGAAAGCAACGAUCUGCCCAACUGCCCAAAAGGUAUCACCUCUAAGGUUUUCCGCUUCAAUGUCUCCGCCAUGGAAAGAAACUCAACCAACCUCUUCAGAGCAGAGUUUCGAGCUCUGAGGGUCCCAAACUCAAUUGCCAAGAGGAAUGAACAGCGGAUUGAACUCUACCAGAUUGUGAGGCCAAACGAACACAUUAGGAAACAACGCUACAUCGGAGCCAAGAAUGUGCUGACCAAAGGUACUCCAGAGUGGGUCUCCUUCGAUGUGACUGAAACUGUGCGGGAAUGGCUGAUGAACAGAGGAACAAAUCUGGGUUUGGAAAUCAGUGUGCACUGUCCCUGCCACACCUUCAACCCAAAUGGUGACAUCAUUGACAAUGAGAAUGAAGUGCUGGAGGUGAAGUUUAAAGGCGUGGAUGGAGAUGAGGAGCACAGCCGCUUGGACCUGAGUCACCUAAAUAAGCGAAAGGAGCAGCCGCUGCCUCACCUUAUCCUCAUGAUGAUCCCACCCCACCGCCUGGAUGCUCAGUCCACACGCCGACGCAAGAGAGCGCUGGACACAAACUACUGUUUCUCAAACACAGAGGAGAGCUGCUGUGUUCGUCGGCUCCACAUUGAUUUCCGGCGUGACUUGGACUGGAAGUGGAUCCAUGAGCCCAGUGGUUACGAUGCCAACUACUGCUCCGGGCCCUGCCCUUACCUGAGGAGCUCAGAUACAACACACAGCUCGCUGCUGAGCCUGUACAACACUCUGAACCCGGAGGCAUCGGCCUCCCCCUGCUGUGUCCCUCAAGACCUGGAACCCCUCACGAUACUCUACUACUCUGGACGAACCCCCAAAGUGGAGCAGCUCUCCAACAUGAUUGUCAAGUCUUGCAAGUGUAGCUGAGAAGACAUGAAAGGCGAGGUAGUAUGGCAGGAUUUUCUCGGCACUGACCAAACCCAUGCUCAUUGACUUUUGGACUUUUAGCUGUGACAAAUACUUAAACUGACCCUGUGGCCUCAAGGCCUCAAGAUCUGAACACCACUCUGAAGGUCACACAUUUUUAAGGAUGCAGAUUUUCUUUAAAAACUUGAGGUCCUCGUUUUGUUUUCCUUGUUCUGUAUUUUUUCCUCCCACUCAGUCAGUUCUGGAUGACAAUUACUUAUUUUAAUCUUAAAAGGUCUAACCAAAACCAAACUUCAUCUUUCAAUCAAGGUAUGAUCUUAAAAUAUUUCCAUCUAGAUUUGUGAAGAUGGACAACACAGUCCUAAGGCUAGAUUGUGGAGAGCCCUGUACAAAUAUAUCUGUGACAAAAAGAAAAAAACAAUGAUAGAGACACGUGCUUUAUUCUGCGCUUCAGAGCUCAAGCAAAAUAUUCCACAAAGUUAUACUGUAGUUUCUGCUAAGGGUGGAGCCAAAUCCGAAUACAGUAUUCAGAAAAGCACAAAUAGGGAGUUUUAUGAAUAUUUAUUUCGUAUAAAUAUUUUAGAAAUUAUUUGUUUUAGGGAAGAAAAAAAACCAUGUCAGAUAACAGCGUGCAGGUUGGUUAUGUCACUGUCUCUGUCUCUCUCCUCUGCUCCGCUGUACCGUCUGUAUGUCAUGGUUGUUUAAAUGGCUGCAGGUCUCUGUGUAUAGCAGAGCUAAGCUUUAGCUGAGCAGUCAGCCCAGUCAUUCAUGGCCUGGGAGACCUGAGUUUGAGACCCAGUGUGGAGACCUACCUUGCAAAAUAGUUGAAUGAAAACCUAUUUUGACACUUUAAUAUCCUAAAAUUGGAAGUGUAAUAAAAACAAAAACAGGAUUUUUAUGCCUAUUUCCACUUUCAU